AUGGUGGUUCGCAUUCCCAAGGAGAUGGCGGUUCGCAUUCUCAAUGCGACGUCUGAUGCUGGAUCGUUCGUUGGAGAACUCUCUUUAUCCUUGAAGAGUAGUGUGAGAUUAAAUACUCUUGAUCUUGGACAGAAUGGAUUCAUUGGUACAAUACCUAUUUGGAUAGGAGGAAAUAUGUCAUCCUUGAAGAUCCUUCACUUACGAUCAAACAAAUUUGUUGGAAAUAUUCCUCCUAAUCUAUCAAGACUAAGUGCUCUUCAAAUUCUAGAUCUGGCAAGCAACAAUUUAUCAGGAACCAUCCCUUCUAGCUUUGGAAACCUUACUGCCAUGAAAGUGUCAGGUGAGAUGAAUGGAACAAUUUUAAAAAAUUCAAUCGAUUAUAAUGAAAACAUGCAAGUGACCAUAAAAGGAACAUAUAUUGAGUAUGCCAUAUUGCUUCCACUUGUGAUCGUUGUGGACCUUUCAAAUAAUAACUUAUCUGGAAUGAUACCAGAAAAACUAACCGGCCUUUCUGGACUCGUAAGCUUAAGCUUGUCUCGAAAUCAUCUGACAGGAGAGAUCAUAGAAAAUAUUGGUGCAUUGCAACAGUUGGAGUCACUUGACUUAUCAAGAAACAAUCUUUUCGAUGGAAUUCCUUUAAGCAUGAUUGGAAGAGUUCCAAUAGAUAAUCAGCUUCAAACCUUCAUUGACCCAUUCAUCUACAUUGGUAAUCUUGAUCUUUGUGGGUUUCCAUUAACUCAAAAGUGCAAAGAUGACAAGACAAACCAAGGUCCAAAUGCAGUUGGAGGGGAUGAACAAAAUAAUAAUGCCAUGGAUGAAGAAGGAUAUGAAAUGAAGUGGUUGUACAUGAGCAUGGGGCUAGGAUUCGCG